AUGCACCACAAGUAUCCACCACAGGAAAUGCCCCAAGAACCCCCUUCCGGCGCCCUCUCAAGCGACAUAUUACACUCAAUUCACCGAGGAAAACCUCACGGCACUAAAAUCCCACUGCCUGGAGGACGGUACACUCCCGCCCGACGACACCCUGCCCGAUCCGCUCUGCUACCUAGUCCCCCACCCCCGGCCGAGACUUUACCGCGCUUUCGGCGAGGAAUGGGUGGUUUCCGAGCGGUACCCUUCCUUAAAGGCAGCUGGUAUUCGACAAUUGACGAUCGAGCUUCGGAGGCUGAGCAAAUCUUCGCUGUUAAAUUAUUUGGAAUUGGUGGGGGUUAUGGGGAUGGCACCGGAGCAGUUCCAUGGAAAACUGCUGACUUAGAAACAAUCCUCUUCAACAUGCACCACCUCAUCAACACAUACCGCCCCCACCGGGCACGCAAAACGCUAUGCUUGCGCAUGGAAGAGCAGCUAGAACGUACCCGCCGCGAGACAGAGGAGAACAGAAAGGCCGUCGCUAAAGUCGAGGAUGUACUCGCUGGAUUAGAGCUGGUUACGAAGCGGGCGGAUGCGAUUUGUGGUGGGGAUGGACUGGGGGCGGAGAAGGAGAAGAAGGUCGACGAUGGGGUUGCUAAAGCUAGAGUUAGGGAUAUGGAAGUUCGGAAAGCGCUUGUUUGUAUGGGGGGUUGAUGUUUGGUAUAGCACUUGCGGUGUGAUGAUAUGAAGUCUGAUCUAAUUUUGGCGGUCCCCCUUCUAUUUUUUCUUCUACUUUUGCUUUGUGUUGCUAUGGGGGAGCGGGGCGUUUGGAAUCAACUUUUUUUUCCCUUUGCUUGAUACUACUUGAUAGCGACGGGCGAAGCUAUUAUGCGCUCUUCUUGACGAAAUCAGGCUAUUACCGACUAUGAUAUGCAAUCUUA